AUGUCUAUCUGUACACUGUAUGUGCGCAACCUGAACGAGCGGCUCUCGCACCAGAAGCUCCGGUCGGCGCUGGAGCAGCUUUUCAACGAGCUCGGUGCGCCUAUCCAGGAAAUCAAGCUGUUCAAAAAUCUGCAAUUAAGAGGACAGGCUUUUAUUACGCUAAAGUCGCACGAGGAUUGCGUGCGUGCGAUUGAGCACCUCAACACGAAAGUGGUCUUUGACAAGCCAAUGGACAUGUACAUGGCGAAGACAAACAGCGAUCUAGCGGUGCGAGAACAUACAGAACAGUCCGCAUAUGAGCAAUAUCUACAAGAACAGCGCGCACAAAGACUGGAAAAACGAACAAAGAAACGGAAAUCGACGCUACAGACGCCUACGACGGCCAAGAAACGCAAGAUUCCAGGAGCCAAGGCUGCAGAGCCACAUAAACUCCUCCUGGUCACCAACGUUCCUAGCUCGGCUACCAGAGAUCAAGUGGAGUCCAUUUUCGAGAAAUUCACUGGCUUCCUCAACGUGAACAUCGUGCACAUCCGGAACCUCGCGCUUGUGGAGUUCCGCUCAGACCUCGAGUCGGCCCGGUGUCUGGAAAGUCUGGGGACCUCGAUAAAAAUAAACGACACAGACUGCUACCUACAGUUCGCCAGAAAAUAA